AUGUCGAAACGCUCAACUUUCACCACAAUCUCGCCCCUCCCCGCCGGUAUUACCCGUGAGGCCGUCCUCGGCUUCCUCCACAACCACCUUGAGAUGAUCGACCUGAACCCCCUCAUCAAGGAGCGCCACCUCAUCCCUGCCCCUUCUCAUGCGCCCCCGGAGGAGCACGCCUGCGCUUGGUACUCCCUCACCGACGAGAUCUCCUACCUGCCUGGCGGCAUGGCCACCGGCGAUGUCAGCUAUACCUGCUGCUUCCACAACCUGCCUACUGGCCUGCAGACCCACUGCUACGCCCCGAUGGGCCUCGAGAUCCGCGACAAGUGGACCGUCGCCGGCUGUCUGCCCGGUGAGCCCGUCGAGCCCGUCGAGCUCGGCAUCGGUGCCCCGCUGACGGGGCUGUACAUCCGCGAGGACGUCGACAUGCGCUGCAACGUCUUCACCAGUUCCUUCGUCAAGAAGACGCUCAAGAAGAGCCACGGUCUGUUGGUCGACCGCAUCAAGUCCAAGGUCCAGCAGGCGUCCGCAGCUGCCGCCCAUCAGCGGCAUAGCAGCCAGGCUUCACAGUCCGGCUCCGACGCCAACGGCGCGUCAAAUACGCCUGCUCAUCAAUCUCAUCAGAGCCAGGCUUACAGCAACCUCGCCGCCAACCAAACCAGCCUGCCAUACAGGCCGUCGUAUCCCAUGUCCCCGCCCGCGCCAGCCUGCGAUGGCGCUCAGAGCGCGGCCUACCCGGAGCCCCUGCGGAUCCGCCACACCUCCGCGAACUCGACGUCAUCUCUGAGGCUGUCGCGGCCGGAUUCCAGAUCGCAGCCCGGCGACAGCAGCAGCAACAAUUACACCCACGGAAACUACUCGGACCUUGGCGGCAACCCCUACGGCACCAAGCCGCCGCCUUCGUCGCCGUACACAGGAAACGUGUCCGGCGGCGACGCGCACCAGCGUGCUGCAGGACAGCACCAGAGCAGCGGCGGGGCUCUGCAGGGGCCGUUUGUCGCCGAGCUGGAGUGA